AUGUCGGACCACGAGUCCGACCAGACUGCAGAGCUGGGGCCCGAGCUACGUGGCAUGAAGCUUGAAGAAGGCGCCUCUCCAUCCGGGGAAGGCGCGGGUGCUCCCGCACGAGUGAAGGUGGAGGACGAUGGCCGCGCGCCCACCCCCGUCGUUAUGCCCGCUCGCAGCAAGUCUCGAUCCGAAUCACAGUCUCCGAUUAAGCAACUCCCCUCCGACGCCUCGACGCCCGACAUGGACACGAAGGAAGAGGUGCUUGGCGGCGAGAUCACCUUAAAAAUGGAGCCGGGGAAGGCACCCAAGCUAUCGCGCACUGCGUCGCAUAAAAUCGCCUCACGCCCACCGCCGCUGUUCCUCGACCUACCCGAUGCUACGCAAGAAGCCAAAUCGACUUUCAAUGUUUUGUCCGAAUGCACCUACGCCAACAAGCACAUCGGCACGACCGAACAUGCUUUGGAGUGCGACUGUACCGAGGAGUGGGAUCCUAAGGAGCGAAUCAACAAUGCCUGUGGCGAGGAUUCAGAUUGUAUCAAUCGCGCCACGAAAAUGGAGUGUCUGGGUGACUGCGGAUGCGGUCGCGACUGCCAGAACCAGCGCUUCCAACGGAAAGAGUACGCCAACGUGACCGUUAUCAAAACAGACAAGAAAGGAUUUGGGCUUCGGGCUAACGCGGAUAUGAAGCCCGGAGAUUUUGUUUUCGAAUAUAUUGGUGAAGUCAUUGAGGAGCGGGCUUUCCGUCGCCGCAUGAUGCAAUAUGACCAAGAAGGUAUCAAGCACUUCUACUUCAUGUCGCUUACCAAAGGUGAAUUUGUUGAUGCGACGAAGAAAGGCAACCUCGGUCGCUUUUGCAACCACUCGUGCAACCCGAAUUGCUACGUCGACAAGUGGGUGGUGGGCGAAAAGCUCCGUAUGGGCAUCUUCGUUGAACGAAGAAUCAAAGCUGGCGAGGAGCUGGUCUUCAACUACAAUGUUGAUCGUUAUGGCGCAGAUCCCCAACCUUGUUAUUGCGGCGAGCCAAAUUGCUCUGGGUUUAUUGGCGGCAAGACGCAGACUGACAACGCUACGAAGCUAUCCCACGCGACGAUUGAAGCACUUGGCAUUGAUGACGGAGACGGUUGGGAAACUGCUGUCGCAAAGAAACCUCGCAAGAAGAAGGCCAGCGAAGAUGACGAAGAGUACGUCAACGACCUCAAGCCCAAGUCGCUGGAUGCUCGAGGUGUCACGAAAGUCAUGGCCGCUCUCCGUCAAUGUACGGAGAAGUGGAUCGCUGUCAAGCUUCUUGACCGAAUUCAGCAAAGUGAAGGCGACAAGGAAGUCGGCCACCGUGUCAUUCGCAUGCACGGUUAUGAAAUCCUCAAAACGACUCUUGUCACUUGGAGAGACGAUUCGAAUGUCGUGCUGCAGAUUCUUAAUAUCCUUCAUGGCCUUCCGCGGAUUACCCGGAAUAAAAUUCAGGACUCGAAAAUCGAGGAGAUCGUGCAGAAACUACGAGACGAAUGCGAAGACGACCGUGUGAAACAGUCCAUCACUGACCUACUUCAAGAGUGGAGCAAGCUUGAGCUGGGAUAUCGGAUACCACGCAUGAAGCCAAAUGCUCGGAUUGAGCCUCAUUUCGAACGUCGGGAAAAGGGCCGUGAACGCUCCAGAUCACGAUCAAAAUCGCCCGAGCCGAAACCACCAAACAGUGCGCCUUCAGCUCCUCGAGGCUUCAAUGCCCCUAAGGGCCCAUCUGCUAUGGCAAAUCUCCCUCCUCGUCCGGCACCACGUCCGCCGCGACCAUUCAAUACUCUUCCUUCGGGUUGGUUCCAGGCGAAGUCUGAGAACGGUUCGGUAUACUUCUACACAGCAAGCGGUGUUACACAAUGGACACGGCCCACACAGCCAGCAACCCAACCGCCCAGUGCCACGUCCAAAGCCAAGUCAGAAGUUCAGUCGCUCCAAGACAUUAUAGCGAGCAUCACCGCUGAGGCUACAUCUGGCAAACGAGGAUCUGCAUCUACCACUCCACAACCCGCUGCGGAUGAGACGAAGGAGAAGACAUCGAAGAGUGACAAGUGGGCGAAGAUGCCACAAGAGAAAAAGGAGAAGAUAUACGAAGGAACAUUAUCUAAGCAUGUCAUGGCCACCACUUCCCGUUAUAGCAAGAUGCUCCCGAAGGAGGACAUCAAGAGACUUUCCAAAGAGGUUGCGAAGAAGUUGGUGCGUGGUGAUUUCAAGGCCAAUCGCGUGACAGAUCCGACAGCACCCAUUAGUUCUAAACACGAGAAGACGGUGAAAAAUUAUGUCAAAGACUUCAUGGACAAAGCCGUCAAGAAGAAGACAGGACGUGAGAAGGACAAGGUAUCGCGGAAUAACACCGAACCAAACGGCCAUGUCACGAUGCCAGGGGAGACGGCAACGCCGGAGACUCCACAGUUCGCGUUGGGGACCGAUGAUACUCCGAUGGUAGACGGGAUGUCGAGUUAUAAUGCUGCCUCACCAACAGGGUCAUCGGGGACUGAGUUGAAGAGGAAAAGGGAAGAGGACGGCGAACCGGCCUCGCCGAAGAAAUCCAGGACAGAGGUUACACAGCCAGUUCCUCCACCCCCUCCGCCACCGAUAGACGAUAUGCCUAUAAACGGAGAGAGCACGACUCUGACGCCCAUGGAGGAUGAUCCAAUUUCGAUGCUUUCGACAAGCGAUGGAAGCGUCAAUGGGAUCAGACCGAAAAUUUUGGAAAGUCUUGGUAGCCCUACACAGCUUGCAACGCCCCCGAGCAAGGAGCACAAUGGGUACCACCAGCAUCCCAUCACGACGGACAGCAAAUAUUGA